GGAUCGGAAAGAUUCCUCCUGUGGGCUUGCAUCAUGGAGGCAAGCAGUAAAUCCAGCAGUCAACAGAUUCUGUGGAAAGAUGUUGAGAUGGGAAAAGAGAAGAAGGCCAAGUACCACAUUUACCAGCGAGCAGCUCUGGUUCUGGCUCUGGUCUUCCUUGUUUUGGCUCUCUGUGUUUUCAGCCUGAGAUAUCUGUGGAGCCCCAGUCUGGGGAAGGUGUAUGACCACCAGUACAAAGCUGUGUUGGAUGGCGUGGAGAGAGACGGCAUGAUGGAGAUUGACCCAGGUCGGCGCAUUGAGAUUUUCAGAAUGGGAAAUGGCAGCGAGGAGGUCCUUGAAGUGCACGACUUCAAGAAUGGAAUCACUGGGAUCCGGUUUGCCGAACAUCAGAGGUGCUACAUCAGGACCCAAACUAGGCAACUACCCACAGUGGCAGAGGUGGAGGCUGAGGACGCAGAGCUACUGGUGGAUGAGACAGAGGCCGUGGAUAUGAAGGUGGAAGACUCCCAAGUGUGGGUUCCUGCUGAGGAGCCCAUCGUUAACCCGGCCUUCCUCUUCGACUCCAAGAUCUGGGAGAUUUGCCAGGAGCUGCCCAUCCACUGGAUCCAUCCCUCCCCUCUGAGCGAUGCUGAAGUGGGAAACGAGGACGCCCCUGACGCAGAGGUCACAGGUCAGCGUUUCGCCCGCGACAUCCUGGACCACCCUGCCGUCAACGACUACAGAGACGCUGGGAUCGAGCUGGAUAACCGUCUGGAUGACCGUGGCUACUGCUGCCAGCACUGUCGCCGUGGUUACCGCUACUGCCGGCGCUACCACGAGCCCCUGGGUGGCUUCAACCCGUGGCCUUACUACUACCAAGGAGGCCGGGUCAUCUGUCAGAUUGUCAUGCCAUGCAACUGGUGGAUCGCCCGCAUGCUGGGGAGGGUCUGAGGAGGGCUGUCUGCGUCUGUUUGGGAUUUCAACUGUUUAUGUCGUUGUAGGUGCAAAUUCUGCCUUUAUAUCCCAGACCACUUAAGAGACCAAAGCAGUCUAUUGCACACAAUUAUUAUCCAAUCUGUAGGUUGGCCCAUUGAGUAUUAGUCUGUUUAAACAUUCCAAUUGGUAUUUGAAGCGUUUUUAAAAGGCAUUGCGCGUUUACAGCUGUCUAAUUUUCUUUGCUUAUCUAACCAUUUAUUAUCCUUGCUAUUUGAUUGUGUUGAAUAGGUGCAAUUUAGUCUGGAUGAUGUCACUAGAAAAAAGGGCGGGGGGGAUGUCUUGACCUUGUCAUGCAUUCAUUUUUUACUUUAUAGGUUAAAAAGUUGUAUGUAUGAAAAUGUAGCUUUCUAACAGUAGACCAAUAUGUGCAACAAUCUAAGUGGUGGCUAAGUAUAAAUGUUUUUAAGUUGUUUGUGAUUAUUCUUUUUAUUAUUGCUUAAGCAGAUAAAAACCUCCCUAUAUUCAUAUACAAUUAGAACACUACAUGCAUCAUAUUCAAAGUAAGACAAAUUGAAGGAAAGAAACAAUCAUAAAGUAGAUAUAAUAGAACUAGAGGAAGCUUUACUUACUGGCUUUAUGUUUAUCAAGGAGGUAUAGUAUAAUUGAAGAUGCACAGACCUCAGCUGUCUUUUGUGAUGUAGUUACUGUUGUCUCAUGCUCCAUUGUUUUCCAGCUUGUUGCAAUCCACAAAAUGCUUUAAAUAGUGCUUCUGUUCAAACAGUUUUUUCUUUGUUGAGGCGAUCUUAAUCUGCAACAUCACAUCCCAAUCUGCCGAGCUGAAAUUACUCUCAUCUGCAAGUAACAGAUAAGCAAGCGAGAUAGGCAUUUGCAAUUGAUGUUCUGUCAUCAGAAUAACAAGGUGCAUAAAUGCCCAAGAGUAUUCAAGCGAUGUGAGAGAUUCAAAAGUUAAACAGAGAGACAAAAAUGGAGCACUUGUGUUGUCAUAGUUUGCUUUGAAGCCUUCUGUAUGUUUCAGUCUCUUUGCUGUGUUUUUUUUUUUCAAUUAAAAUUUCAUUGUAUGAAUAUUCUGAGUGGUCCUAUUAUAUGAAACAAUGUGAUUUGAAAGCUGAUGAAGUGUGGGUUUAAAUCUUACUCAUGCAAUCCAUAUAACAGGCAGACCUUCUGUCUUCUCCAUUAGUCCCAACACUCAUUAGCAAAAACAUUUAGCGUCAAAUUGAAGGGGAAAAAACUAGACAUGCAUGCUUUUAUUGUUUCUUUCAUAACCUAAGCCUUCUUUCUUGUGUAUC